AAGCUACAUCACUACCAGAAGCGAUGGUGGUCACAAACGAUUUAACUAAAGUGAAAAUCACGGAUGAACAUCAACCAAAACAUUCAGGUCAACUUUUUAUUGGUGGCACACUAUUAAAUGAUAUACACCAACUAGAACUCAAUAAAUUCUACGCGAAAAAACAUCAAGCAUGGCGGUUGAUAUACAAAGCUACCAGACACGGCUUCUCUGCUAGCGACUUUCACAGUCACUGCGAUGGAAAAGGACCAACUAUGACAAUUAUUCAGUCAAAAGAAGGAGACUACCUCUUCGGUGGUUAUACGGCCGUCCCGUGGAGCUCAAAAGCAGCAUUUAAAGAGGACACAACCGCAUUUCUUUUCACUCUCACAAACCCACAUUGUCAACCAGCUACACAGUUUCACAUCGACGAUAAACAAACCCAUCGUGCGGUCACUCAUCACAGCAAUGCAGGACCAAUAUUUGGUACCAGAAAUUCAAUUACCACGUCAACGUCCUCUUCCCACGAUAGCUUGAUCAAACUCAUCUCAAAUUUCUGCCACUCCUUAUUCUACAAAACACAAAGUGGUCUCCCUGGUAAUAAAUGA